CAAAAUCCUUUUUACGUUUAUAAUUUAUUUUGUAGAAAUUGAAGUAUGACUUCUUUUCCCGAAGACGAUAGAUGUCCGAAGGUAUGCACAGAUAUCGGAGCCUUCAAAAAAGCCGAUAAAAGCCCAGAGAAAGCCUUAGAAGAAAUCAAAGAAUUAGAAGAACAAAAACCUAAAGAGCCUGAAAUUGUUCAAAGUCAUGGACCUGACGAAACAGAACCAAGUUCACGCCCUGUCAUGCCAACUGAAGAACAUCUUCCUAACCUCAAACCCAGUCCCGAUGGAAAGGUUGAUUGGACGCCGCUUGCCAAGAUGACAGGCACAAGACCAGCAGUUAAUAAGUACAGUAUAAGCCGAUAUUCCUUAAGUGAAUGGAGAAAACAUAAUGAAAAUGUGCUUGAUCCUGAAAUUAUAACCGAAUCAAAUAUUGUAGAAUACAACGCCAAAACAUCUAUGAUGCAAGCAUUUGGUAAUAUCGAUAAGCAACAAAGCGAAAACUUUAAACGACUCCGACAAAAAGCAAAAGACAUAUUUAGAUGGAAAGUUGAAGUUGAACGAGCGUGUAAAGCGAUUACAGAAGAAGUCGAGUUCCUUGAAAUAGAGCGACAACGCUUAAAAGGUGCUUCGAGAGUUCUGAUGUUACCGGAAUCUAUAUCUAAAGAAUGUUUAGAACUUCGCUCUAAUCGAUUUCAACCAGAUUUGGUAUCAGAUUUAGCAGAACAAGAGCUAAUAAAAGAAAUGAACUUAGUGAGUGAAGUUCGAUCAACAUUGAAAAAUACACUUGAUAAAAUUGAAGAGCAAAUGGCUAUAAACAAAGCAGCAAAACAUAGAAUAGAAUAUGAUUGGUGUGAUAAAGCGAUGGCUUACAACACCGAAAGUAUAAACUUAAGUCUUAGCACAAAAUCAAAUACCAUUUUGUUCAAACCGGGGUCAACUCGCUUUGGCGAAUAUACAGCGCCAUUGGAAUAUUGGGAAUAUUUUUGUAGAGAGACUGUUCAAAAUUGUGAAGCAGCUCGACAGAAAUCAGCUGACUUACGUGGAAGUCUCAAUGCUAUUUUAGUCAACGGUGGUCGAAAACUUAGAAAUCAAGCCGAUAGAACUGAUAUGGCAUUAGCAGAAACGGUAGCAAUAACUCAGGAACUUUGCACAAAAUUAGAAGAGACACUACGAGAUACUCUUCAAAGAAUUGCAGAUAUGGAACUAUUAAUAAGUAACUUACAGGAUUCUGUUAGAAAAAUGGAUGCAGCGAUGAAAUUAGCUCAAACUAGGCUUGACAAUAGGAAUAAUUGGAGGCCUCACGGUGAAAGUGUUAGAGAUCAGCCUCAUUUGGGAUUGAUUGAGGAAGUGAAAAAGAUUCAUGAAACCGUAACAUCUUUGCUCGGUCAGCUGAAAAAUGCAGAGAGAGUGAGGCAGGACCUUUUAGAAAAGAGAAUAGUUUUGGAAAGAGAUAUUGCAUCGAAGAGGAAGACUUUAAACAUCGAUCGUGAUAGAUGUGGCAUGGUGCGUUCUCAUUACCCAUCUGCGUCAGAACUAGCUGGAUAUUAA